AUGGAGCAAGACCUCGCUCUCCCAAACCCAAACUGGAUACUUCAUGUCGACAGAUCUUCGACCAACAAAGGCGCAGGGGCCGGAGUCCAAUUGCAGUCUCCGACAGGAGAACUUAUCAGACAGUCUUUCAGCUUCGGUUUUCCGGCUUCGAAUAAUGAAGCAGAAUAUGAAUCUUUGAUCGCCGGACUACGCUUAGCAAAGGCUGUCAAGGCUAAAUGCCUAAGCGCCUACUGCGACUCACAGUUAGUUGCCAGCAGUGUUAUGAAACCCGACCCGGACCCGCGGUUGAACCGGCUUAGCAGCAGAGUUCGAGUUCUUCGAACUCACCAAAGUUCCAGAGGGGAAAACAUCUGUGCCGAUGCUCUCGCAGCCCUUGGCAGCAAGCUUCAAGAUCAGGUUGAACGAACCUUCCCAAUACAUCGCAUUGAGAAACCAAGUAUCGAUAUCUCGACCGACCAAACUAUCAUCGUAGCUCCAGUCACCAAGGCCAACGCACCAAAUUCUGAUGGGUUCGGCCCUGACUGGAGAACUGAGUUCAUCGACUACCUUAGAAAGGGAGAACUUCCGACAGAGAAGUGGGCUGCUCGCAGACUAAAAACACGCAGUGACCAUUAUGUUGUCCUGGACGAUGAACUACACCGAUGGACCGCGAGUAAAGUACUCCUCAUGUGCAUCCACGGCGACGAGACCGAAAGGGUUAUAGCUGAGACACAUGAAGGAGCUGGAGGGAACCAUUCAGGCGGUCGAGCCUUGGCGAUCAAAGUGAGAAGCCUGGGCUUCUUCUGGCUGACGAUGAACGCAGAUUGUGAGUCCUACGUUAGAAGCUGCGACAAGUGCCAACGGCACGCACCAAGCAUCCAUUGUCCGACUGAAAUGUUACGAACGACGACCGCACCGUAUCCAUUCAUGCGAUGGGCAAUAGAAAUCAUAGGACCUCUUCCCUGUUCCCGCCAGAAAUAUUUCGUUCUCGUCCUCACUGAUUACUUCACCAAAUGGAUCGAGGCCGAAGCCUACGCUCAAGUCACAUACAAGGAAGUCUGUGGUUUCGUCUGGAAGAACAUUAUUUGCCGCCACGGUCUACCUUAUGAAAUUGUUACCGAUACUGGAUCACAGUUCAUGUCAGGCAACUUCAAGGAGUUUUGCAGCAAAUGGAACAUCCAACUAAGCCCUUCCACCCCUCGCUACCCGCAAGGAAAUGGCCAAGCAGAAUCCUCCAACAAGGUCAUCAUCGACGACAUUAAGAAACGUCUAGACCUGAAAAAGGGUCAUUGGGCCGACGAACUCGAUGGAGUCCUAUGGAGUCACCGCACGACACCAAGAGGAUAG